AUGUUGCAAUUUGCAACUUGUUUUCCAAAAUCGGUUUAUCCAAACGGCGAACCAUGGGCAUACAACGUACGCUUAGAUACUUUAUUUUCGAUAUUAAAACAAGGGGAAGUUCAAUACGGGGAGGAACUUACUUUGAGGGGGAAUGACAUGGAUAAAUUUUAUCAUCUGUCAGGUGGCCCUUUCUUAUUAAUGAAUUCUCAUACCCUUUUAAUAAAAAAUUUGGAAGAGAUAAAAAAGUUAAUCAUAAAUAAGAAAUUUAUUCCAUUUCCACCUACACGUCGAUUAUAUUUUUACAGUGGAUAUCACGUUGAUUAUAAUCUUGAAAAAUUCCCCCCCUUUGAUGGUUACGAACAGGAAGGAAAUUUAAAUAUAAUCGCUAGAGCCAUAUUGUUCAAACCUGAAUUAAUAAACACGUGGAAAAGUAUAGGUUACUCGGAAGUAUGUGAUGAUUUCAAUGAGGUGGUUAUACAUGGAUUAUUUCUGACCCUUGAUCCUCCAUCUCAAGUUCAACAUGCAUUUGAAAAGUUGGUUUUAAAUCUUGAAAAAUUCAUCGAAAUGGGAUUUCGAUUAACAGAUAGAAUCAUUGUUGAUGUUCUUCAAUUUUAUGAAUAUGAACUAGCUGAACUAGGUGAAUUACUCUGGAGGGUCUUCCGUUCGAUCCGAACCGGUGAAUCGGAUUUUGCAUUCAUUUUUGGACUAUUUAAAAUACGUAUUGACUAUUUACCGGAGCACAUGGAGUUAUUAAGGCGUGCAAAAAGUGCAGACAUUGUUAAACCAUUCCUUGAAGAUUUUGUACCAAAUGUUUUCUUAUCUAACGACAAUAUCAAAAA